AUGGAUUUCAUCAAGACCAGUUCCCUGCGUGCUCUGAUUGAACGGCUCUAUCGAGAAUCAGCGCCAACCGCGCAGUCCGGCUGGCCGAGAAACUAUUGUUUCGCGCUCGGCCAAAGUCAUAUCCGUCCGUCUGAAGUCUCGGCCAAAGUUGAAACCGACCGGCCGAUCACGCAACACGACCCGGGAAACAUUGUGCUCCACGCCGCGACGCGCACGACCAUGCCGCGCGAGCCGGGGAACAAGGCCUCGCGGCCGCGCAACCCGUUUCGCGUACCACGGCCGAUGCAUCCGUCCGAGCCGGGAAAGAACGUCCCACGUCCGGCCGAGAAACCAUCGGCCAAAUCUUCGUCCGCCGACCAGCGGCCGACCGUGAAUCCAUCCGGCCCCGACCGUUCCGACUCGGCCACGACCCGACUGUCCGGCCGAUCGUCCCGCACGACCGUCCCAACGCCGCGGUCGACCCGAAGCCCUUUUUGA